CUGAUUACAGCUGAAAUUUCUGAGGGUUAUCAGUAAUCUGAGGUCAAUAAAACUAACCCAUUUAAAGCUGAAACAUAAUCUCAGACUUUAGUACUGUUAACAGCUGUUUUCUUCUUUCCAUUAAUUUAACGUUUUUUAAUUUCCAAUCGAAAAAGCAAGGUUUUAAAAAAUGUCAGAUUCAAAAAGAAAAGUAAUUUUAGCGUAUAGUGGUGGUUUAGAUACAUCUUGUAUAUUGUUGUGGUUAAAAGAAAAAGGAUAUCAAGUUAUCGCUUAUGUGGCGAACAUCGGGCAAAAGGAGGAUUUUGAUGCAAUUAGAGAUAAGGCACUUAAAGUUGGUGCCGUUAAGGUCGUGAUAGACGACGUCAGAGAAGUGUUCGUAACUUCCUAUGUAUGGCCUGCUGUGGCUUGCGGCCUGUUGUAUGAAGGAAGAUAUCUUCUGGGUACUGCCAUAGCACGACCAUGUAUCAGCCAAGGUUUAAUAAAAGUCGCAAAAGCUGAAGGUGCUAGUGUCAUUGCACAUGGGGCAACUGGAAAGGGGAAUGAUCAAGUUCGCUUUGAAUUAAACUGCUACAGCCUGUACCCUGAAAUCACGAUUUUAGCUCCGUGGAGGGAAGUCGAAUUUUAUACCAAGUUUCAAGGAAGAUCGGGCUUGUUGGAAUACGCUCGACAAAAUGGAAUCCCAAUCUCGGCAACGCCAAAAGAACCGUGGAGCACUGACGCUAAUCUCGUACAUAUUAGUUAUGAAUCGGGGAUACUGGAGAAUCCUGCCAUUCCAGCGCCGAAAGGACUCUACAAUAUGACCACUGAUCCGACCGAUUCCGCUUUGGAAGCGGAAGAAAUCGAAAUUAACUUUAAGAAGGGAUAUCCGAUUAAUGUGAAGAAUCUGAAAAAUGGAAAAAUAUUCAACGCCCCUCUCGCAAUAAUCGAGUACCUCAACGAGGUCGGGGGUGCGCAUGGUAUUGGGCGGAUAGACAUUGUUGAAAAUCGAUACAUUGGGCUAAAAUCUCGAGGCAUUUACGAGUCGCCGGGCGUUAACAUUUUGGAGGUUGCGCAUCGAGAUCUUGAAGUAUUUACUUUGGAUCGUGAAGUUUUGAGAGUUAAAACGUAUUUGACGGAUAAGAUGUCGGAUUACGUUUAUAAUGGUUUUUGGUUUUCGCCGGAAUGCGACUUUGUGCGGGAAUGUAUCCAGCAUUCACAAAGGCAUGUAAACGGCACAGUGAGGGUGCAUUUGUAUAAAGGAAAGGCUAUGGCGAUCGCCAGAUCGAGCGAGAUCUCGUUGUACAAUCAGACUCUCGUCUCCAUGGAUGUGCAAGGUGAUUUCGAACCAACGGACGCCACUGGAUUUAUUCGCAUGCAGGCUCUGAGACUGAAAGAGUUUCAUCGUUUCAAUAAACAACACAAUGUCUGAAUCAAGACUUUAUUGCAAAUUUCAUAAAUUUCAAUAAAGAACGCACUGUAGUUGACUCGA